UGCUGGUUGCUUUUUACUUGCUUUUCGCCUGCUGACUUCAGCGUCAAGCUAGAAGUGUAAUGUAAUCAAUAUCUUAAUUUUACGAGUGGAUUGUUGGAAAAAGCAUCAAUUUUCGUUUUAAAAGGUUAGCUAGUAAUAUAAUGACCUCCAGAAUGUACCCGUUUUGUUUUGGAUAGGUACAGAGUUUGUAAUUAAACUGACGGAAUUCUUCACGUACUGCUUGAAAAGUUGUGCGUGACUGAAGAUAAAGAAGAAAGAAGAUUUGUGUUUUGAAGAAUUGUGACAAAAGUUUAUGACUGUUUUCUGGUCAUAAACUACCAAGUGUAGUGCUUCAAGAUGGACCUUCCAGAUUGCCCCCCGGGGGCAGAAGGGUAUGAGGACACGGUCACUGAAGUACCUAGGAAACCAGAAUUAGAAGACUCAUCAUGUACUAAGGCGGAGUUGGAGUUCCAGGAGCAUCUGAACAGUUUGAAGAUCAACCUUGAAGAUGGUAGCUCGCGGUGCAUGGUGGAGCGGCGCGGUCGCGACAUAUCGGGCAAGUGGAUCUACCUGUGCUACCCGUGCGCUGCCGUCUGUAGCGGGGAGACCAUUCUACAGACUCAUCUAUCGGGGAAGAAACACAAGACCAAGCUGACUAUGCGAAAGGUUUGGCCCUUGAACAUAUUCGCGGACCACCCAUUUAAUCACAAUACGGGAAAACCUGUCCCAUCGGAGAAAGCAUUGCAGAAGGCGGCGGAGGAGUCGGAGAUCCAGAACAAGUAUAACAAGUACAGGAACAUAACUUGCCACAUACAGGAUUCUCUCGACGCCGUUAAGGCUCCACUGCUGGGCGUGGAGUACCUGAUCGAGCACCCGCCGGAGCAGGCGCACUACGAGCCCUCGUACAUCUGUACGCUGUGCUCCAAGUACGGACAUCCACGGACCAUCAUCAACCACAUGACCUGCUUCUGGCAUCGCCACAAUUACCUCGUGCGUCACUACACGCAAGCGAGUUCCCUGCUGGCUCCGUACCGCAUCCAGCCUCGCUACCGCGUGGGCGUCGGCAUCAUCAUGAACCGGCUCGCGCAGCGCAUCGAGGACAAGUACGGCAGGAUGAGGCCCGUCAACAUCGAGAAGGAAGAAUAUGAAAAGAACAAGGAACAGAUCCACCAGUGGGUGUUCCAAGGCCAUCAUUUCUCUGAGAAGGACGGGCCGGCCUUCACAGAAGUAGUUGACAUCGGACUGCUAGACACUCUGCACAAAUCCGGCGAUGGCGACAAGAAAGGCAAUUCAAAGCAAUUCAAAAAUUCGAAAGAGCCAUCUCCGCCCAUAGUAGCGGCGCCGUCAAAGCCGUUAUUCAACAAUUUCUCGCGGCCGGCGGGUCGGCAGGAGCGGCGCGCCGGCUCCGUGGAGUCGCUGUCCGACAUCAGCGACGAGGCAGACUUCGAAGCGCGCCGACAUGCCGCCAAACUUACCAGCCGCUCGUCCAACAAUGGUAACAGGGAGAGCCACGGCAGUCUCAGCAAGUCCCGCUACGAGCCCUACCCGGACAGGCGCAACGUCUCGCCGGGACGUAGGACUGCCACGCGGCCACAAGACACGUUGCCAGCGGAGAAGAAACCACGUCCUCCGAACUACGAGUACAAGGUGAAACUAGCUGAAGAAAAGCGGUUAACGGUGGAGGAUUCAGCCAAUAAGACGUUAGCCUACCAUGAGAAGAACCCGGAGAAACACCCGCUCUACCCUGAGGAGUGGAAGAAGUUCUGGAACAGGCGCUACAAGGAGAUACAGGCUGAGGGCAAGGACCCAUCGAAGCAUGACUUCAAGCCGGAGUGGAUAGUGUUCUGGACGGCGCGCAUGAAGGAGCUGCACGAGGAGGAACUGCGCGUGCAAGUCAACGAGAUCUACCGCCGCAUGUGUCUGUCGCCGCCAGACAUGAACAAGAGAUCCCCCGACAGGUCACACAAGAAGUCUCUGUCACCGCGCCGCAAGUCCGCCGAGCCUCGGCGUCACUCCCCGGAGCCACGGCGGCGCUCGUCGGAGCGACACCGGCCCGACCGACACGACCGACACGACUACGACCGCCGCGGCCGCGAGCCUCUGCCGCGCAGGCGUACUCCCGAACAUCGCCGGACGCGACGGUCCCCACUACCCGUGCGCCGGUCGCCGGGCCGGCGUCGGUCACCGGAACGGCGCCGCUCUCCACUGCCGUAUCACAAACGCACGCGGUCUAGAAGCCCUCUACCAAGACGCAGCCCGGGUCGCGGCGCGGGCCGCAGCCGCAGCAGCCGCAGCCCGCUGUCGCAGCGCGAGGCGCAGCGCAACCGCAGCCCCGACACACGACACUCGCACGCGCCGCACUCCUCGCACGCCGCGCCGCCGCCCUCCAUGCAGACUGUACUCAUCUCCGACGACGAUCUCAAACCGGACGAUAUCUCGCCAUGGAACUCUGACAACGACAUCGAGUCCGUGUCGUCGGUGACGGAGCUGCGGCUGGCGCGGUCCCGAGCCGGCAGCUCGUCCCGCGGCUCCCGGCCCCCGCCGCGGCGCCGCCUGUCCAGCUCGGCCAGUCGGUCUGCGCCCCCCGCCGCUGACGGAGACAAUGUCGUCGCCACACUACGCCAACUUGUCGCGCUCGAAGACUAUCUCGGCAGCCUGGGACCUCGUAUCGUGGAUCUACUAGCUGAGGCCCUCAAGAUGGAAAAGGAUAAAGCUAACUCUUCGGAGUCGUUGUUGGACAGCGAAAAGGCAGUGGUGUUGAUAGAGACAGCCAAGGAGAAGCUGAAGGGCGCCGUGCAGGCCGGGCUGGUGGCCCCGGCCGCCGCCGCCGCGCUGCGCGCCGCCAUCGUGCGCGCCGCCGCCACGCUGCACGAGGCCGACAAACGGGCCAAGCGGAAGCAGGACGCACUGAAACCUGUUGAACCGAGUAAACCUGCAGCGGUCCCAGUAGCAGGCGUGGGUGAAGUAGACCGUGCUCAGAUCGCACAACAAAUGGCUGAAGCUUUGAUAGCUCAGGGCAAAACAGACGUGUCUUCCGAAGACCUCGCCGCACUCGUGGACGCCGUCGUCGGUAUGGCGGAGGCGAAGAAACGAGCUGCAGAGGAGGCCAAGAAAGCAAACACACUAUCUACCAUGCAACCAACACAUCAGCCAGUCAAGACAUUGCUUCCAAAACCUAGCGGGACUGCAUCAGCAUUGCAAUUACUGCAAUCCGCUUACGAUGACAACGAAAAGAUUAGGUUGGACCAAAACAUUGCGUCACAUGCAGCUGACGCUAUGGAUGGCCUGUCGGACUCCGACCUUGAAACCUUACUGAAGAACUUCAACGAGUUGUCGGCUGAGGAGCAGCACAGCCUGAUAGCGUAUCUCAAGAAGAUGGAGACGAAAGAGCCACAACGCGUGGAGCGCCUGCGUCAGUACGUGAGUGAUGCGGCGGCCGCCGCGCCCAAGAACGCGGCGCCAGAGCCGCCCGCACAACCAGAGCCACCGCCGGUGCUCGUCGAGAGUGACGACGACGACGACUAUACUGUCGAGGAGGUAUUCCAAUCGGCUACUCAAAAAGUGAAAGAAGAUCAAAUACGACAAGAAAUGGAGAUUGUGAAGAAAUCAUUAGAAGAAACAAAACCAGAGUCUCCAGCUGUAGAGGAACCGGUGAAACUUGAGACUACUCUCGCGGAUCUUACCAAGAGCUUAUCCUCGGCGUCUGACUUAUUCGCGUUGGUACAAGCGAGCUUGAAAUCAACCCCAGCCGCCACACCAGCGCCACUGUCGCGCUCUCCGAACGUAGUAGUCAGUAACACACAGCCGAGGUCAUUUGGAGACCUGCCGGAAUCUACACCUGCUGUCCAUGACUCACCAAAGCCACUAAUGGAAACUGCGCCACUUAAUACACCAGUGACUUCAUUUAACUCUCCACAAGAUCAAGGACCGCCAACGGGGCUUCCGUUCUCGAGCCAACAACAAGGGAACCUGUCCCGUCCUCCCUUGCUACACCAGGGACCCCCGCAGCUGCAGCAGCAACAUCGCCCUCAGCAGCAGUUCCACCAGCCUUCUCAGCAGAACUAUCAAUCACCUCCGCAGCAAAAUUACCAAUCACCAUCACAGCAAAACUACCAAUCACCUCAACAAAACCAACCACAUUAUAAUCAACAGAAAUACCAAGGUCCUCAACACAAUCAGGGACCCCUUAACCCACAACACAAUCUGCCACCUGUUAGUCAGCAACACAGUGAUCUAAACCCCAACCAGCAACAUAAUCAGUUAGCUCCCAACCAACAACACAGUCAACAGUUUCAGCAACACGGUCAGCCGCAGCAAUACAGGCCGCAACAGUAUCAACAGCAACACAAUUUUAAUGACAACAGGAACAAGUCGACUGAACAUUACAAUCCCCGACAAUGGAAUCCUCGAACUAAUAACCCGAUGGAUAACAGAAAUUCGGGUACCAGGGGACCUGCGCCUGAUAACGUCGGAGCUAAUGCGCCUUACAACCAGGGACAUAGAAAUAAUUUUAUGAAUGGCAGGGGCCAAGAUAAUUACAAUACGCGGCAACAGAAUCCUGCAAUGAAUCAACAGUUUGGAAUGUACGAUAAUCAACAUAAUUUCAGAGGUCGUGGCCGUGGUUUCUCAGGACCAAUGAGAGGUCGUGGAAGAGGAUACUAUUAAAAUAUAUACUUAUUUAUAUUCCUGGACGAAUAAUGUUUUACUACGAUUACCAUUGCAAUUGCCUAGAUAGGUGAGCACUAAGUAUUUGUGAUUAUUAAUUAUAUGAAAUAAGAACUGCAAUGAACUAUUGUUCCAUAAUAUUUUAGUUUUAUCUUAAUAAACGCAGGCAUUUUAA